AUGGCCGCAACUGCCACCAAGGAAGCACAGAUAGGGGUAUCGCCCCUGUCGCCUGGGAAAGUAGCCUAUUUCUCGACACCCGCGUUCGCGCUGCACUCGAUUCCGAUAUCCUAUGCGCUGUCGUUCCCGCCACACAUCUACAUGUUCACGAACCUCAUGGCCGCGUCCAAGUUCAGGGCCUCGAACCUCGUACCUCGGGCAAACCUCGAGAGACUCGCCGAUACACUGCCAAAGCCAACCAUGGACCUGCUGUGGAAAGCCCGCGGCUGCCAUCUCAAUGCCCUGGAAGGGUUUCCGCUUUUCGCUGCUGCUAUGCUGGCUGGAACAUAUGCCAAAGUCGACACCAGGGAGCUCAAUUUCUGUGCGGGGGAGUAUCUCGCCGCCCGGCUCUUGUACAGCGUCCUGUAUAUGACGGUUCAAAGCGAGAAGACCAGCUACUUGCGAUCUGCCGCCUACUUCUGGAGCGUGGGGAUUCCCUUCUAUGUUCUGUGGAAGGUUGGAUGGAAGGUAGCCGAAGGCGAGAAGGAUAAGCAGGUUUGA